AUCCCAACAUCAAUGUCAUGCUUCAACCUUGUUCUGUGUUCUUGGGAUGCCAGCUUCGACUGAAUCAAACACAGACCAUAAUGUUAGAAAGAAUAAAGAGGGUAUUUCUAUUUUUAAUAUAUCAAAUAUAGCAGGAAUGUCAGCUAGUAGUAGAAAUGCCAAAGCAAAUAAUUGGCAUAUUUUCAAAUUUAAAUGA